AGGGCCUUGGGAGGCGCUCAAGGCUUAAGCCUCAAGGCGUAUGCUUUCAGCUCUCUACUCUCUCCAUUCCGUGCGAAGAUCUCUUCUUCUUCUUCUUAUUCUUUUUCACUGAUUUACAAAUUCAGAGGCUUUUAGUGAAAACAGAAAAAGGCUCGUUGUCUUUCUCUUCUUCGAUCAACAAUUUAUCGUGGACAGAAGAGAGGAAGAGAUGUUGCCAGCUGUUGUUGUUUCUCUGGCUCUCUUCAUUGUCUCCGCUUCACUUUCUCUAGCCGCCGAAGCUCCUCACUCUACCAAUACAAACGAUGUGAAGAACGUCUGUAUAAUCGGGAGCGGCAUCGGAGGCUCAUCCGUUGCUCAUUUCCUCCGCCAGUAUUCUUCCCACCCUUCAUAUCCGACCAUCGGAGACAUCUUGAUAUUCGAACGGAACGGAGUCGUCGGAGGGAGAAUGGCGACGGUCUCCAUCGCCGGAGACACUUUCGAGGCCGGGGCUUCCAUUUUGCAUCCCAAGAAUUUACAUGCCUUAAAUUUCACCAAGUUCCUUAACCUUCGCAUCAAGGAGCCCUCUUCCUCCCCGUUCUCUCUCGGCAUUUGGGAUGGUACCCAAUUCUUAUUUAAAACCCUUGACACCAACUCAAAGUCCCCUCUGUACAAGAAGCUCGUGUCACUCAUCAAUUCUUGCCGCAUCUUCUAUCGAUACGGCCUUUCGCUUUUCAAAAUGAAUCGCUUCGUCGAGAGUGCAGUGAAUAAAUUCUUGAAGUACUACUGGGAUUUUGAUUCUCGGCCUGUUUUCGAGUCUGUUGAUGAGAUGCUUAAAUGGGCGGACUUGUACGAGCUCACCGGUCGAACCUUGGAAGAGGAAUUGGUUAAUGCCGGAUUAUCUCCUUUGCUCAUAUCGGAGCUUGUCACAGUAAUUACAAGAAUUAACUAUGGUCAAAGUGUUAGCAUCAGUGGGCUUGCUGGGGCAGUAUCUUUGGCAGGCUCUGGUGGAGGAUUAUGGUCAAUUGAAGGAGGCAACUGGCAGAUUCCUGCUGAACUCAUAAAUCAUUCAAAUGCUACACUGCAUCUUCAAGAAGAGAUAAAAUUUAUCUCCUAUCUGGGAGACUAUUAUGAACUUAACUCCACAAAGGGAAACAGUUAUAGUUGUCAAGUCACAGUACUUGCUACACCACUGGAUGAGUUAAAUAUCCAGUUUUCUCCUCCAGUUUCAAUUCCUGAGAGGAAAUUUCAGCACACAUACACAACCUUCAUAAGAGGCCUCUUAAAUCCUACAUAUUUUGGACUUCAUUCAGUAUCAGAGGUUCCCGAACUAGUGGGGACAACUGAGGUUCCUGACCUUCCAUUCUCUUCCAUCUCUGUUCUGAAGAAAUAUACUGAAUCAGAUAUGACUUACAAGAUGUUCUCUCGUGAGCCAAUGGAAGAUGCAUUGCUUGAUCAUUUAUUCAGUGUAAGGAAGGAAACUCUGCGCAUGGAUUGGGGCGCAUAUCCUCAUUACACGCCUCCAGAGAUGUUUGCAUCAUUUGUGUUGGAUGGCCUUCAUUUGUACUACAUUAAUGCCUUUGAGAAUGCAGCUAGUACCAUGGAGACUAGCACUGUUGCAGCUGAAAACAUUGCCCGACUUGUCUUGUCAAGAUUAACUCCCUUAAAUAGUAAGGGUUCUGCCUGUGAUGGAGAGAGUCUACAGUCAUUUUGAAUGCGGCUUGUACAAUGGAGAUUAGCGCUGUUGCAGGCUUGCAGCUGAAAACAUUGCCCAACUUGUCUUUCAAGACUUCUUGGUCCUUCCAACUCCCUUAAGUCUUAAGGGUUAUGCUUCUGGUGGAUAAUGUCUCGUCAUUUUGAUCUAUGAACUGGAGGUAAAUGUUGGAUUAGGGAGAUUGGCUUGUUCUAUGCAAGUAUAUUACCUUUUAUAGCAGGCAACUCUGAUGUGUAUAAAUUGUUUGUACAGUAUAUAGCUAUAUACUAAAAGGGUAUGUAUUUUCUAGUACCCAGCUCUAAUGCUUUCCCUUCGCUACAAGUCGAAACUAAACUUUUUUUAAGGACUUUAUGAAUUUAAAUAUUGAAGCUUUCGUCA